UUAACAGUUAAGUGCCUGUAAUGCACUACAAUACAAACAUAAGUCGCUGGCGAUUUCUAGUAGUAAACACAGCCUAGUCACGGAGCAGACAUUAUACAGUCUCAUCUAGAGGUCAAAGGAGGUAACGCAAAUGUGACAUUCAUCUCCCGAGGACAGAAUUUCCCCGAAAUAUUCUCAAAUGGUAUCGAGGCAGGUAGUGCUAAGCGCUAAUAAUAGGCAACUUAGAAACAUGUGGAUUUACAGACAAGUAAACGAAACGGAGAUGUGAGGAAAUGCCACCACCAUUACUUAAGAACUAAAGGGAACUUCGCUUGAAGAAGCUGAGACUGUGCAGAUAACGGUGGCUGAUGAAGUGGCUGCUGAAGUCAUCAACAGUACCAUGAGCAUCUGUCUGGAGGGGUCUGAAGAGAAACCUCUGGUGAGCUCCAACCCUGACACAGGUAAAGUCAUCAGAGAGCUCCUGGACAUCCUAUUUGAUGAUGCCCUGUCGGCGAGUCUCCAUCUUCUGGCAGAAAAUGAGCUUAUGGACACCAACCUGGAUCAUCUAGUGAGCUGCAACAAAGAUGCAGCUGAUGCCAUCAGAGAGCUCCUGGAGAUCAUGCUUCAUGAUGUUUUGUCAGCGAGUUUCCAGCCUCUGGAAGACGAUCAGGUGCUGAAGAUGUCUGACAGUGAAGCCAAUGACGAGCAAACGCACCCUGACCUGGAGAAGUCAGAGCCCACCAAUAUCCAUCCUCUGGCGUUUCUCCGUAUAACAGCAGGAGAUGAGUGGCCGAAGCUGAAGGACCAUGUAGCUGAGGAACAUCUGGACCUCACAGAGGCUUCAGACAGUGAUGACCAGCCUCUGGACAUAAAGAAAAGCCACCCUCCUGAGGAAGAAGACACCAACAAGAGAAAAACUAGGAGAGGAACAAGAGGAAAAGGGCGGAAAAUCGUCUAUAAUAAAGAAAAACAUCCAAAUGACAAACUAGAUGGACAGAGAGGUUCAAGAGGUUCUUCUGGACAGACAAACAACGUAAAGAACUGCGGUCAUGAAAACAGGGAGAUGGUCCGUCCCAAACGGGUGCAGUUAGAGUGAGAUGGUGAAUCUGAUGAUGUCCCACAUACGUUCACAGUCUGGAAGACAGGAUGGACUGAGAGAACAGCAACAGAAGGACUCCACUGGUGGCAGGACUACAUAAAGAACCGUGGUGUUGAUCACAGUUGGGCGCAGUAAGAGAUGGGUGACAGAUAUGAUGCAGUGCCAUUCAACCUCACAUACUGGAGGACAGGAUUUUUUCUGAAUGGCGCAAAUGAACAUCUAAGACCGGGGAGAUGGAUAGAGAGAGAGAGAGAGAGAGAGAGAGAGAGAGAGAGAGAGACAAAGA